AUGUCUGCAUCCCAUAGUCAAGACGAGAACAUGUCUGCAGGUGUUCUGGAGAGUCUGGACCCUGCAGCCCGUCGCAGAAUCCAGAACCGCCUCAAUCAACGCGCAAGCAGGAAAAGACGCGCUGCUCAGUUCAAAACGUCAGGACAUCCAGACAUGAAAUGGAUCAUCUAUACCGACCAUGCAAACACCUCGAAACCCAUCAGCCAACCCGCCAAGUCAGAACAUUACCCCUCAAGCCAUGAAGGCACCCCGACAACAACCCAGGUCACACAACAUGAGCCGAAGCCCUUCAGUCAAAAUGAAUCAGUAAAUCGAUAUAAACAAUUAGACGACAUCCAAAGAACUGCCAUGCAAAGCCUAGCACAGAGAAUAACUUCCCCACGGGCAGUCCUCUGCGUAUCACAAUACAACAUUCUCACCGCAAUCUUCGCCAACGCCAAAAUAAUCGGCCUCACAAUGGACCUACUCAACGAAGACAUUGCAUCCCAAUUCAACAUUGUCGGCAUGCCAACAUUCCAUCUCCCAGCAAGCCUUCUCCCAUCCGAAUCACAAAAGGCAAUUGUCCACCACCCGUGGAUCGACAUAAUCCCAAUAUUAUCAUUACGAGAGGCUCUUUUGAUCCGGGAGGAUAUCUGCGAGGGAGACGAGUUCUGUGGUGAUAUGUGUGGGAUGUGCGCCCCUACAGACGAAGUCGGGCUUCGGGUUUGGGGGGAGCCGUGGGAUCCGCGCGCUUAUGAGGCUUCGGAAUAUUUGCUGAGAAAGUGGAGUUGGAUGAUUGAGGAGUGUCCGGAUCUUGUUCGGUCUACGAAUUACUGGAGGAGGAAGCGUGGGGAGAAAGCUCUCUCAUUCCCAUGA